AUGAAUUCCACGCGUGCUUUCACUCGGACGACCCAGAACACUUUCCGUAAACCCCUCGACUUCCUCAGCAAUCUCUCACGUAGCGCGGCGGCACAGAUCCCGGCCCAGGACAGAAAGAGAAAGGACACUUAUGCGCGUAGACGCAAUAACAGCGCCAGCUCUCUCGACGACACGGAUCACUCCGACGUCGAGUUUUACGCCCAAAUGGAGACGUCUCGACGCUCUCACUCGACACACAACUCGCAGUCGGAAUUGCAGCCUGCCGUGCCGCUGAUUGACAUUGGGAGUCGCAGCAACAGCCCAUACCCGCGCAAUCGAAGCGCCGCACAGAGCGAGGACGAGGACGAUGACUAUGAAGCGGCGAGCAGCAUACGGCCGUUAGUCAGCCAUCAUGUAGGCAAAGGAAGCAGCGCCUUUCGAGGCUUCUGGCAACAAGGGGGCCCAGGUGCCUUCUUCUUUGGCACGUGGCAGGGCUGGCAGUUGUGGAUUGGAUUGCUGGUCUUUUGGAUUGGAGGCUGUAGCUUUGGAUUGUUGCUCAUGAACCGCUUCAUCAUGCUGACAGGCGUCUACAAAUUCCCAUUCCCUCUCACGCAGUCGUACCUCCAGCUCAUCAUCACCCAUAUCCUCCUCAUCCUCAUCUCGAGCCUCCUGCGCUUCUCCAGCAACCCUCUACAUUUCGUUGGCUUCGGGGCCGCCGUGCCGCCCUCGCAACCAGCAGCACCACAGGGGGGAGCCUUUAGAGGCAGUAGGAAGCCUGGCAUCUCCGCCUUCGCACGCUGGCUGUCGAAUGGCUCAGGAGGCAUUGCAGGCGGCGGUCUAUUCGAGUUUGAUUGGCAAGUUGCAAAGCAGGUGCUUCCACUCGCCGUAGUCUUUGUCGUAAAAGUGCUACUGAGCAACUUUUCGUUUGCCUACGCGCCCCUCCCAACCUACCAACUCGCCCGCAUCGGCAUAACGCCCCUCGCCAUCAUCUUCUCCUGCGUCCUCCAAAAGGAAAACUUCAACGCCAGCACCCUCUCCUCCGCCCUCGUCGCUACCCUAAACCUCUUCUUCGCCUCGUACCGCUCAAACGUCCGCGUCACCUGGGAGUCGGUCGUCGCCGGCGUCUUCUCCUCCAUCUUCGUCGCUCUAUACCCAAUUCUCCUUCUCCGUACAUACCGCACUAUUGUCGCCGGCCUCGUGCCGUCGGGCGAUGUCCUCACCGGAUACCCGACGAGCGGAGAAGAGGCAGGCAAUAGGGAGGAAACUCGCGCUUUCUACCGCACCCUACACUACACUUCUAUCCUCUCGCUGAUGAUUCUGACGCCCAUUGUUGUCCUCUCCGGCGAGGUCCCGCACAUCUACCACAACAUUCCCUUCCUUGAUGUGCCCUUUUUCUGGGCCAUGAUGUUGUUUGGUGGUAUGGGAUCGUGGGCCGUCUUCUCGGGCAUGCUGCUGCUGGUCAGGGCCACUUCGCCGCUGUCAGCAACUUUUGUGGCUGUUCCGAGAGGCGCGUUUCAACUCGUUGCUAUUACUCUGUUCAAGAGUCCAGCACAGACAUGGGUUGGUGUAGUGCUUUGUUGGAUUAGCAGUUUGUGGUUUCUCGUCGCAAGGCGGGACGAGGGCAGAAGUCGGGAUCGCUUGAGGCUGGAGGGCCGCUAA